AUGAUUAUAAAGAACCUAGAGUCGACAUCGGAUUGCUGUACCGAGACUUAUAAUAAGAAGGACUUUCCUCAGACUAUGAAACAUAUCUUUCUGUAUCGUCACUAUGGCCAUCGUUUGUACAACCCACGCAUUAUUGAAACCGAAACUCGACUUGGCCAAAGUCAUAUAUUUCCUUUUAAGCGUUUCAAUGAGCCACAGUUCCUCUCCAAAUGUAUUGACGACUCAUUUGUUUUCUGGGGUAAUUUGACAAUUACGGUUUUUUCUGCAUCUCAACGUCUGUUUCAAGAAUUCUGCGCUUGUUUAAACAUCCAGGUGGCAUUGAUUAGUGUUAUUGUUGACUACUGCAUUUACACUCUCAGCCUCAUUAACCGUGUGUCGUUCUUAUAG